AUGUCGAAAUCCCCAAUAACAUGCCACGUACUCGAUUCCGUUCUCGGCAAGCCCGGGUCCGGGAUCGGGGUACGCCUAUACCAGCUGGGGUCGUCUGAUGACCCCCUGGCCCUACCUCUGCUCGCAAGCGGGAAAACGGACGCAGAUGGCCGGUGUUCCGACCUUUUACCUCCCGGGAAACUGGAGAAAGGGACGUACAAAGUGUGCUUCGAUACCGGCGCUUACUUUGCCCAAGCGGGGAGGGAGUGUUUCUACCCUGUUGUUGAGAUCACGUUCUUCUUGAACAACCCUGAGGAACACUAUCAUAUUCCCCUCCUGCUCAGUUCGUAUACCUACACCACUUAUCGUGGCAGUUGA